CCUCGCCGUAUGAUCUGCUAUUCCAGAAGGCCUCUAGUCUACCCGGAUCCCCGUCCCUGAGACAGUCCCCACGGUGUUUCUCCGACAUGUUUUCUUUCUUUCCCUCUUCGCUGCAUGCAGCUAACUAACUACCCGUGGUUGCAGCUUACUCUAGAUAGACGGAGGAAGCGAAAGAUAGAUAGGGAAAUGGGAUGGUGGUGGUCAUAGUGGGGGGAGGGACUCGGGAGGGGUAAAAUAGCGAAAAAGCUUACUUUACUAUCUGGGUAUAAAGAGCUACCGGGGCGCCCUGUAGAUUCGCCAUGAGGUCGCAGCAACCAUGAAGACGGCGAUGAAGGACGACGAUACGGGUACGGGCACGGGCACGGGAACGGGAACGGGGCCGUCGGUAGAUGUGGAGCGUGACGGUGAGGCCGGCGACGCAAUGCUCGACGCAAAUGUAGCCCGUGUAUACCGUAAACUCGACCGGCGCAUAAUCCCCGCUUUAUGGGUGCUGUACUUCCUCUGCGCCGCGAUACGGUCCAACGUGGGGCUGUCGCUGACGAUGAACACAUCCUCGGGGAACUCGCUCGCGCAGAAGCUGCAGCUCACCAAUAAGCAGAUCAGCACGGGCGUUGCACUAUUCUACGUCUGCUAUGUCAUCUUCGACGCCCCCGCGAACCUCGUCAUGACCAGGGUCAGCCCUCAUGUCUGGAUGAGCAGGAUUGUUGUCGGCGUCGGGAUUAUUGGCGCUUGCCAUGCGGCGUUGACGGGGGCGUGGAACUUUUAUCUGAUCCGGCUUCUCCUGGGCGUCGUGAUAGCCGGCAUGUGGCCAGGGAUGGCCUACUACCUAACGAUCUUCUACCCGCCCGAAAACACCGGCAAGCGCAUCGGGCAGUACUUCACAGCGGCGCAAGUUUCCGCGGCGGUGGUCGGUCUCGUCUCCGCCGGCUUCCAGCAGAUGGACGGCGUGGGCGGCCUAGCGGGCUUCCAGUGGAUGUUCCUGAUCUACGGUCUCGUCGCCGUCGUCGACGGCGUGCUGCUGCUAUGGUGGCUCCCGGACCGGCCCAUCGCGCCCUGCGACCCGCCACCCGCGCCGCGCACAGGCUGGCGCCUCCUCCUCCCGCGCUCACCCCCCGCUCUCACAGGCGAAGACUCCCGUAUCCACUACGCGGACCUAACACGGGUGUACCACACGCCGGCCUGGACGCUCCGGGACCUCAUCCGGAUCCUGUGUGACUGGCGGCUAUACCCGUUGACAGUGAUGUACUUCGGAGUAGUGGGCGUCGGCAUCGGCGUGCAAGUAUUCGCAACACUCAUCAUCCGCAGCCUGCUGCCCGCCCUGAGCAGUGUGCAGCUCAGCCUGCUAUUCGCGCCGAUCUGGAUCUGCGACUUGAUUGCGAUCCUGAUCGUGACGCCGAUUAGCGACCGAUAUGCCCGCGCCCGCCCGGUGUUCUUUAUUCUGCCGGCGAUGCUGCAGAUCGCGGGGCUGCUGGUCGUUACGUACGCUGGCAACGGUUGGGCGAGGUACUCGGGUCUGCUGAUCGUGGGCUUCGGACUUGGGCCCACCGUGCCGGUAUGUAUGACCUGGACUGCGGAGAUAUUUCAGCCGCGCCAUGGUGAGAUUGGGGUUGCGGCGGCAACGGCGCUGGUCAGUGGUCUGGGCAACCUGGGCAGUGUGACGACUACGUAUGCGUUGUACACGGGGUGGGCCGAGGAUGCGGCGCGGGAGGGGAGGUUGCGGUAUAGAGGGAGUAAUUUGGCGAUGAUAGGCAUUUUGGGGGCGAGUAUUGUCGCCGCGCUGGGGAUGUGGGUCGCGGUUAGAGUGGUGGAUGGGAAGGUGGUGGAGUCGGAGCCCGUAGAUGGCGCGGCGGCGAGGAAGAUGAAGAUGAGGACUAAGUAAAAUGUAUGAUACGAGGAAGGCCAUGAGUUAUCACAUCGU